CAAAAGGGCGACCCCACCGCCGGGGUCCACGGCUCCCGUUUCCGCCCGCGCCACACGCCAUGGCCUCCUCCCCGCCGCGCGGCCAGCCCGCCACCGCCGCCCCGCCGGCGCCCGCGGCCACCACGUCCCCGCAGGUGCCCGCCGCCUCCCACCCGCUCCCCCGCGCGUUCCUCGCCUCCUCCUCCCCACGCGCCGCGGCGGCGGCACCACCGGUGCCCCCGCUCUUCACCGGCCGCCCGCUAAACCCUAGCGCUCCAGGCCACGCCUCCUCCGCGCCCCACGGCAUCCUCUACCCCGUCACGAAACCCAUCUCCACCUCCGCGGCCGCGCAGCUCCGCCGCGUUCCCCCCAUGGCCGUCGGGUACCCCCGCGCCCACCCCGUCGCCGUCCCCAUCGCGCAGCCGCCGCAGCCCCUGGUGCACUCGCAGCCCCGUUCAUUCGCGGCCGUUCCUCGGGCUCUGGUGGCGGGCGUGGUGGCGCGUCCCGAGCAACAACCUCCGCGAGGAGUUCCAAUAGCUCCGCAGCCCAAGGUUAAUCCAGUCCCCCCUGGUGCUCCAUCUAGUGAGCAGGUCAACCCAAAGGACAGGAGCAGAGAAGACACUACGACUGUGGUGAUUAAUGACCGCAAAGUUAACUUGCUGGACAGUGAGUCAGGAUCCUUGUACGCUCUUUGUAGAUCCUGGGUGCGCAAUGGUGUUCCACAUGAAAGUCAGCCAAGCUUUGGAAAUGGUGAACCAAUUCUUCCAAGACCUUUGCCUGCUUCAGUUGUAGAUUCUAGGAUAUCAGAUAAGGAAAAUAAUGAUGCUGCAGAUGUAGGUUCAGAUGAAGAGCCACAGAAGAAUGCUGAUGGUGAAUAUAACACAAGUGACUUAUUGAAGCAGCAUGUAAAACGUGCAAAAAGGAUACGUGCUGGGUUGCAGAAGGAAAGGCUUCGCCGGAUUGAAAGAUACAAGCAGCGCCUUGCACUUCUUUUGUAGAAAUGACGUUUGACCGCAUCUAUUUAACAGAAUAAGCUGAAAGCAUAGGCACAUAGCUGUUUGUUGUGAGCUGAUACUUCCUUAAGCAUUGACCAGCAUUGUAUGUUUAGGAGAUUUCGUUUUGUAUCUUUUUAUUACCAAAUUAUCUAAUUAAUGAACUGAAAUCUCUAAUGCUUCUCAUCA